AUGCAGGUUCAGAAAGGUCCGCUGCGAUGUCUCCGUGCGCGGCCAGCCAUGCACCAAUUGUCACCUCGACUGCAAGAAUUGUCUGGUAGUUGGACGCGCUUCCAGGCUCAGGUACCGAGGAAUGAGACAGAUUGGUCGCCCGAGGAUGAUUAUCAAGAGGACGGCCGGCAGCUGUCAGAGCAUCUGGAAGAUGAUGAUGUUAAUGAGAGCAGUAACGCCAAUGGCACCGAAGCCGCUCCCACAGCCGCUGAGGCGCUCGACGACCACCCUUGGUUAUCCUUUCAUACGCCCAGUAUCGACCCUGGGAUGCUGACAUUCGGUGAUACUCUCAACGACGCGGCCUUCUUUGAAAAUCGCCUCGGCGACAGCGAGACAGAUACCGCAGAGAUACACUCAAUGUCAUCUGGGUAUGGUGAUGGUCCUACCAUCAGAGAAGCAAGCUCAUCAGAACAAGAAUCUAUGUAUAGUCAUAGGAUGACAGUCCCUUCAAUUCCAUCGGCUCAGCCAGCGGCGCAGAGGCCCAACACCAGCACCACGGUGCUCUUCGUUCACUACCCGUAUCUAAAAAUUCACAACAUUCAUUCAAUUGCUCAACAAGAUCUCAACUACAUGGAGGCUCAAGGAUGCUUGCACGUUCCAAGCCGGCCAAUACUCGACAAUUUCGUAGAGCAAUACUUCAGACACCAGCAUCCUUUCCUCCCGCUCCUCAACGAAGGCGAUUUUUGGGAAAUGUACUCUCAGAAGGAAUCCACGGGCCCGCAGUCGAACAUUUCGCUGCUGGUGUUUCAGGCUAUGCUUUUCGCCAGUUGUAACUUCGUGUCACUUAACGUCAUCAAGCAACUUGGUUUUUCGAGUCUUAAAACCGCUCGAGCCGAAUUCUAUAGAAGAACUAAGCUGUUGUACGACCUAGGUUCAGAAACAUCGUCUCUCCCUCUAGCUCAAGCAGCCCUUCUCAUGAUGGGCUGGGUACCACCCUCAAAUACAACCUUGAACCCCUACAAGACUUGGCUGAGUUUAGCCAUCCAGCACGCUAGAAGUAUCAACGCGGACCGAUACACAGAAGUGCCAGACCUAAUAGAGAUGACACCCACGAAACAACUGAAAUACCACAACUCUCUCCACCGCUUAUGGUGGUGCUGUGUCAUCAUGGAUCGUAUCUCGCCGCUCUGCACGCGCUUUAGCCCCAAUAUCACACACGACCGUUUUGAUUUCAAGAACGCAAUCCCUUUGGGCGCCGAACACCUCCAGGACGAUAUAUAUCGGUCAAGCGUAUUCACACCAGCUACUAAGCGGCGCCAAAUCAGCAUUUUCUCAAAGUUUCUUGAACUGAUGAUUCUUUUGACUGAUGUUCUGACCCUUGUGUACCCGUUUGAGGAAUCUGUAGUAUCAAAGUCGCGAUCCGCUGAGGACGAAGACCUCGCUUUCGAGAAAUGCGAAGCCGCCUUGAAGGCCUGGUAUUUGAGGGUUUCGGCUCAGUUCCCACCCUUUGAGAAUACUCCCGAAGAGUCGUAUGGCAAAGGCAAUGAUCAGGACAAAUCCAUUGUGUUACAGACAAAUCUCAUGUGCAUCUACUAUCACACUGCGUCCAUUGCCCUCUGCCAUUCUAAGAUACUACGGCAGUCUCUCACAUCUGAAUCUAAUAGUGGAGAUACAACAAGACCGGGGCGAAGUUUGAAACUCCAGCAAAUCUCAUUUGAGGUGCAGGAUGCUGCUCAGAAAAUUACAGAAUGCUACAAGGAGCUAACCCGACGUCGCUUGGCACGCUGGCUCCCGGUAUCAGCCCUUGCUUGCCUACUUACACCAUUGACGCUUCAUACCAUCACUGCGCGAUUAUCAUCGCUUAGUAACGAACUAUCAUACAACGAAUCGGUGGAAGCCGGGUCAGCUCCAGCAUCAAAUCAAGAUCGACUGAAAGUAUUGGUCGAGACUUUGAAUGUUUUUUUCCCUCAGUACUACGGUGUAGAGUGGGUGAAGCAAAUAGUCCGACACGUUGCCAACUUGGCCCAGGUUGACAGCCAGUGUAUAUCCAAGACCAGCGGCAGUUCUCUGACAGAUUGGAGUCAGAUUCUGAGAAGUCAACCAAGCAUGUAUCUGAGAAUGAUCUGGACGGUCGAUGUUUGUAUCAGCAAGGGGAGGCAGCCGGAAGAAUUCGACCUCCCAGCCCGGUUGUGCUGCUUGUUAAAGGGGAGCAAGGGCUCAAGAAGCAGGCCGCGUCGCCUGUCGUAUGUGACUGAGCAAGCCACUAGUCAAGCAGGCCUCAUAAACGACGAUCCAGUGGCCUUUGCUACUGAUCCCAAGCUAUCUACCGUCGAUGUGGAUGUCUUUGGUGAACUGUUGAUGGAGAUGUUUGAGCAGUAA